AUGGGUCUCUUACCCAGUAUUGCGUCAACCUUAGCCACUGGACUUGAAGCUGGUCCUGCUGGUCUCGUUUGGGGUUGGUUUUUAUCGGGUAUCUUUAUUUUAUCGACUGGUAUUCUGAUGUCUUUUUUGGGUACAUCUUUACCAACAUCAGGUGGAUUGUAUUACUGGACCAAUUACUAUUGUCCAGACUCAUUCCGUGUUCCCUUGAGUUUUUUGGUGGGUUGUUCAAAUACAAUGGCAUUAUGUAGUGGUCUUUGUCUGAUUUCAUAUGGAUUUGCAAGUCAGGUCCUCUCUGCCGUUUAUAUUAACAUGGAUGGAAACUUCAACAUUACUCAAGGAAAAUUAUACGGUGUUUUUGCAGCUUGUGUGGUAACAAACAUAGGAGUUUGUUGUGCCACUACAAAGUAUUCAGCGACAUUACAAAGCGUUUCAAUUUGUGUCAAUGUGUUUAUCAUCAUCCUCUUUUUUAUAGCUGUCCCAAUUGGUGUGUCCAACAGCUUUUCAUUUAAUAGUGCUCAUUUUAUUUUCGCUGAGGUACAAAAUUAUAGGACAUGGAGCAAGGGCUGGUCAUUUAUGCUCUCUUGGAUGCCUGCAAUUUGGACAAUUGGUGCAUUUGACUCAGUAAUUCAUUUAACUGAAGAAUUAAACCAUCCAAAUAAAGGUAUCCCUAUUGGUAUUAUGGGAAGUAUAACAGUGUGUUGGAUAGUUGGCUGGUGUAUCUGUAUUGUAUGCUGCGCUGUUAUCAAAGACGGCAAUGUUGAAAGAAUUCUUAUGACUGACACGGGACUGGCAAUGGCACAAAUAAUAUAUGAUGCAUUGGGAAAGAGAUGGGCAGUUGCUUUCAUGCUGCUUAUUUCUGUUGGGCAGUACUUGAUGAGUUGUUCUAUUUUGACUGCCGCUUCUAGACAGAUUUGGGCCUUUGCAAGAGAUGAUGGUUUACCAAUUAUUUACAACAUAAUUAAAUACGUUGAGCCAAGGCUCGCAGUGCCCGUUAGAGCAACAAUCUUCGGAGGAAUUUUGUCAUUAGUGUUAGGGUUAUUGAUAUUAAUCGAUGUGACUGCUGCUAAUGCGCUAUUCUCUUUGGCGGUUGCUGGAAACCUUUUAGCGUGGGGUCUUCCAGUCUUUUUGGUGUUGCUCCCAUAUGGAAAAGAAAGAUUUCUCCUCGGACCGUUCCACUUUGGAAAAGUGGGAACCAAGAUAAUUAAUAUAACUACAGUAUUUUGGGUCGUUUACGUUAUAAUAAUGUCUAUGUUUCCUGACGAUAAGGCAGUCGACAAGGAGACGAUGAAUUAUACUUGUGUAAUCAAUGGUGGAGUGUGGCUCCUUUCCCUCAUAUAUUACUAUGGAUUCGGCUACCGUGUCUAUUCGGGACCUAAAUCGAAUCUUGACACUGUUUCCGACAGUGAAGUAACAGAAGAGAUACAAGGCAUUCACAAAACAUUGGAAACUAAAGUGUAA